ACUGGGACAAUUUUUAUACUAGUUCGGGUGUUUGCCAUAAGUAACAAUUCACUGGGCCAAAAAGAGUGGAACAAAGCAUGAUCAUGAUAGUAAAAGCAUCGAGGAGUCUUCCACGCUCUACAUUUAAUCCAUUCAAUUUCCUGCUAAAGCAGAAUUCCUCGCAUCACCGUCAGCCCUUCAGGUCAGCAUAGAGCAGCAGUCUCCUUUGACUCUUCUGGAAGCUUUCCACUUUGGAACUCCCAAAGAGUGGCCAGCAGUGACCAAGACGGGUUCUCUUCUGCUGUGUGGUUCAUGAAACUGGAGGGCUGGCAGCGUGCUUCUGGUUGCCAUGGAAAUGACCAGGGCCACUGGCCUUCUGAAAACGGAAAAGAACAGCAAGUGCAAGAACAGGCAUUCCGUCCUUCCUGCCGGCAGAUCACACCAACUGUCAAGCCUGAGUGAAGGACCAGCCCGGGAGUGCAGGAGACAACGUCUUAGUGGAGCCCUGAGAUGUGAGUUUCAAUGAAUCUGCUCAUGAAGGGGAACCUGGCUGGCCCGCGCUGAGACGAGAAUGGCACCUCCUUCUGGGCACAGCUUCUUUCUGAUCGGUGCGCUGGGUGUCUUUGCACUCAACUGCUUCACCAGGGCUCAGAGGAACGGCACGCUCAUUUUCAUCAAGGAAAACACCAUUCGGAAGUGCAGCUGCUCAGCAGACAUCCGCGACUGUGACUACAGUUUGGCCAACCUGAUGUGCAGCUGUAAAACCGUGCUGCCUCUUGCCGUUGAGCAAACGAGCUACAGUGACCGUCUGACCAUCUGGUUCACAGACACAUCUGCGCUGGGGCUCCUGCUGAACUUCACGCUGGUCCGAGACCUGAAGCUUUCCCUGUGCAGUACCAACACUCUCCCCACUGAGUACCUGGCUAUUUGCGGUCUGAAGAGGCUUCGGGUCAGCACGGAGGCCAAGCAUCCCUCCCCUGAACAGAGUUUGCUCAUCCACGACGGUGGGGAGAGUGAAUCCAGAGAGAAGCCCACGUUACAGCAAGGCUGGCAAACCUGUAUGUAUCUCUCCUUCUUAGACAUGGCACUCUUCAACAGGGAGUCUGCCUUAAAAUCAUACAGUGUUGCAAACUCUGCCAGCGUGGCCAACAACUUCCCCUAUUUUUCCUACCUUAAAACCUUCCCAGUUCUAAACAAUAAAAGCUAUGUGGUCACCUUCAUUUACUAACAUCGUAGCUGUGCCCAUCCUCUGGGGACUUUGGCAUCUGCUGGAUCCUCUCAACAAGGGAUCUGUGAACAAGGUCAUGGGUAUUCCUAGCCUCAACUUCACUUCUCCUCCAGCCUCCUUUCAGACAGAGCCAGCCCUCUGCUCCACCCACGCCUGGCCCUGGGAAAACAAAAUAAAAAUAAUAAAAAAAACCUACUUGAUUCAGUCCAGAAGCAUAUGUUGGGGCCAGCUAGAGGCUAGGUUUUUGCUACUAAGGGAGGGUAGGGAAAUGUCAGAUCAGUGCACCCCAAGGACUGCUUAGUGGAGCUCAGCAGAGGGGGUGAACCCUAAAGAAAGGAGUCUUCCAGGAUUUCGCUGGUGAUGCAGCGAUUGACACUUGACUUUCAAUGCAGGGGGUGCUGGUUCGAUCCUUGGUCAGAGAACUAAGAUCCCACAUGCCUCGUGGCCAAAAACCCAAAAUAUAAAACAGAAGCAAUGUGUAAAAAAUUCAAUAAAGACUUUCAAAGAGUGAAAGAGAACUGAAAGUGU